AUGGUAAACAAAGAAGAAGCUCAAAGGCUUAAGGAAUUAGGAAACAAAUGUUUCCAAGAAGGGAAAUUCGAAGAUUCAGUAAAAUAUUUUUCUGAUGCUAUUAAAAAUGAUCCUUCAGAUCAUGUUCUUUAUUCAAAUUUAUCUGGUGCUUAUUCCAGUUUAAGAAGAUUUUAUGAAGCAUUAGAAAGUGCUAAUAAAUGUAUUAGUAUAAAAAAUGAUUGGCCUAAAGGAUAUAUUAGGAAAGCAUGCGCUGAGCAUGGUUUAAGACAACUAGAUAAUUCUGAAAAAACGUAUUUGGAAGGAUUGAAAUUAGAUCCAAAUAAUAAAUCAUUAAAAGAUGGAUUAGAAAAAGUAAGGAAAGAAAAGGAAAUGGAAAAUAUGGAAUAUAUUAAUCAUAUAAAUAACAUUAUAAAUAAUGACCCCAAAUUAAAAUCAUAUAAAGAAGAAAAUUCAAAUUACUCUACCGAAUUAUUAAAUACAAUUAAAGCUAUAAAUGCAAAUCCAAUGAAUAUUCGUUUUAUUCUUUCUUCUUGUAAUCCUAAAAUAAGUGAAGGUGUUGAAAAAUUUUUUGGAAUAAAAUUUAAUGAUGAUGCAUCUCAUGAAGCAGAAAGAGAAAGACAAAGGAAAAAAGAAGAAGAAGAAAAAAAAGAAAAAGAAAGAAAAAUGAAAGAAGAAGAAAAAAAAAAAAAUAGAACACCAGAAGAAUUACUUGGUGAUGAACAUAAAUUAAAAGGUAAUGAAUUAUAUAAACAAAAAAAAUUUGAGGAAGCAUUAAAAGAAUAUGAUGAAGCUAUAAAAGUUAAUCCAAAUGAUAUUAUGUAUUAUUAUAAUAAAGCCGCUGUUUAUUUAGAAAUGAAAUCCUAUGAAAAAAGUAUUGAAACUUGUAUUUAUGCUAUCGAAAAUAGAUAUAAUUUUAAAGCAGAAUUUUCUCAAGUAGCUAAAGUAUAUAAUAGAUUAGCUAUUGGUUAUAUUAAUAUAAAAGAUUAUGACAAAGCAUUAGAAGCUUAUCGUAAGUCAUUAGUAGAAGACAAUAAUAGAGCAACUAGAAAUGCUUUAAAAGAACUUGAAAGAAAAAAAGAAAAAGAAGAAAGAGAAGCAUAUAUAGAUCCAGUCAAAGCAGAAGAACAUAAAAAUAAAGGAAAUGAAUACUUUAAAAACAAUGAUUUUCCAAAUGCAAAAAAAGAAUAUGAUGAAGCUAUUCGAAGAAAUCCAAAUGAUGCUAAAUUAUAUUCAAAUAGAGCUGCUGCUUUAACCAAAUUAAUUGAAUAUCCAUCAGCUUUAGAAGAUGUUAUGAAGGCAAUCGAAUUAGAUCCCAAAUUUGUCAAAGCAUAUACUAGAAAAGGAAAUCUUCACUUUUUUAUGAAAGAUUAUUAUAAAGCAAUACAAGCAUAUAAUAAAGGUUUAGAAUUAGAUCCAAAUAAUAAAGAAUGUACAGAAGGAUAUCAAAGAUGUGUAUACAAAAUCGAUGAAAUGUCAAAAUCAGAAAAAGUCGAUGAAGAGCAAAUUAAAAAAUCAAUGGCCGACCCAGAAAUCCAACAAAUUAUCUCAGACCCACAAUUUCAAAUAAUUUUACAAAAAAUAAAUGAAAACCCUAAUUCUAUUUCAGAAUAUAUUAAAGAUCCAAAAAUUUUUAAUGGAUUGCAAAAGUUGAUAGCUGCUGGUAUUUUAACAGUGAGAUAA